AGACAUGAGCUGCAACUGGUUAGAUCGCAAUGAACUUGACAACGGGACUUGACCUUGGGGAGAGUCUGCUGAGCCGCAGAAACCGUUAUCAGUUCCUGGCCACGUUUCUAGUGAACAUAUCGACUUUUGCUCAUGGCAUAGGCAUCGGUUGGCUCUCGCCAGUGAUGAGAGCCUUGCAGACUCCCGAUUCACCUCUCAGCUUCGUGGUGCUGGUGGAGGAGGUAUCGUGGAUAGGGUCUCUGUUGGGCAUUGGUAGCGUCGUUGGCAACUUGUUAGCUGGACUACUACAGGAUCGCAUAGGGCGAAAGCCUGUUAUACUUGCUCUAACGGCACCGUAUGUAUGUUUCUGGCUGCUGUCCUACUUCGCUCAGAGCGUGGAGUAUUUGUAUCUCGCUCGUCUUUUGGCCGGCGUCACGGGUGGAGCCGGUUAUAUAGUUCUCCCCAUAUUCAUUAGCGAAAUAUCAGAUGCCAAGAUUCGCGGCCGCCUUUCCUCUAUGGUGAUGCUCUCUGUUAACAUGGGCAUUCUAACGGGCUAUAUCUUAUCCACAAAUGUUGACUACUAUGUGGCCCCCUUUUUUAUCCUACCUCUGCCCGUUUGUUAUUUCAUUAGCAAUCUAUUUCUCCCUGAAACGCCGUUUUAUUUGAUCAACAAGGGCAAGUUUGGAGCUGCGGAAAGGUCAUUUCGAUACUAUAAAAAUAUCAGGGAUGACGACAAAAGCUCCAUGCUGGAGUUUGAGGAAAUCAAAGUUAAACUUACCAAGGAGAGGGCGUUGAGUGUGAACGCCUUCAAUUACAAGGACUUCCUGACGCGACCUGCCUUGAAAGCCUACUCUAUGGCUAUUUUGCUGAUAUUCACGAAUCAAUUCACGGGCACCUUCUGCUUUGCUUCGUACAUGUCGGAUGUUUUUACCCUCUCACACACCACCUUGGACAUAGGCAUGUGCACGAUCAUCAUCGGAGUUAUCCAGAUCGUGGGCACCUAUACAACGACUUUAUUAUGCGAUCGAUUUGGCCGCAAGAUAUUGCUCUUGAUCUCCAGUCUGGGCUGUGGCAUUUGUCUGGCAACAUUCGGCUCUUUCACCUACUUCGCAGAGCGCUACGAUCUCUCCUCUGUUGGCUGGAUGCCUCUUCUCCUGUUAUCCUUGGAUGUGUUCCUUUGUAAUAUUGGUCUGGUGGGAGUUCUGUUUGUGGUGUUGGUCGAACAAAUGCCAGCCAAGAUUCGCUCGGUGGCGGUUUCUGGAUGCAUCAUCUUGUUGAGCAGCACGGUUUUUCUGUCGCUGAAGAUCUUUCCCCUCUGCAUGGAAUAUUGGGGCAUAUCGAUCACCAUGUGGAGCUGUAGCCUUGUUGCAUUUGUUGGCUUUAUACUUUUUCUGUGCUUUCUCAAAGAGACUAAAGGGAAAUCAAUGCUGGAACCUAUUGGAAAAUCAAAUUUUAAUUUCAAAAUGUUACUGAAACUACUUGAAAGCCCGAAUUGUUUGCUGAAUCGCAGAAAUCGUUAUCAAUUUCUAUCCACGCUUUUAAUAAACCUGAUAUGCAUUGCACAUGGCAUUGGCGUCGGCUGGCUGUCGCCCACAUUACGUAAGAUACAGUCCGUUGAUUCGCCCCUCGACUUCUCGCUGAGCAUCUCGGAAAUCUCCUGGGUGGGCUCCGCCCAGGGCCUAGGCGCCGUGGUGGGAAACAUCCUGAUGGGACUGGUUCAUUCUCGGGUUGGCAGUCGCCUCAGCCUGCUCUUCAUAGCCUUCCCACACUCUUGCCUAUGGAUCCUUGUUUACUUUGCUAAGAGCGCGGAGUAUCUGUUCAUUGGACGCUUCCUGGCUGGCAUUACCAGUGGUGGCCUAUACGUUGUCCAUCCUAUAUUCCUAAGCGAAAUAUCGGACUCUAAAAUUCGAGGGACUUUCGGGUCUAUGGUUUUCCUCUCUGUAAACGUUGGAGUACUUUUGGGCUACAUACUGGGAACCCAUCUGGCCUAUCACAUAAUUCCGUUCGUAGUGCUCAUAUUACCGAUUAGCUACUUCAUAUCGAAUCUCUUCUUCAUACGCGAAUCUCCGAUGCAUCUGAUUCGCAAGGGCAAGUACUCAGAGGCUGAGCAAUCCUUCAGAUACUAUAAGAACAUUAGAGAAGACACUCAGAACAACGAAAUGCACGAAUUCGAUGCUAUGAAGGAGGCAUUGACACAGAGCGAUAAGAACUUAGAUAGGGUCACCAUCAAGGACUUCUUAACACGACCUGCCUUGAAAGCUUAUGGUUCGGCUGCUGUGCUGAGUUUUGUGAGUCAAUGCAGCGGUCUUCUGGCAAUGAUCAGCUAUAUGUCGGACAUAUUUGCUCUGUCGGGCAGCACUAUGGACCCAGAUACCUGCACCAUUGUCAUAGGGAUUAUACAGAUUUUGGGCACGUAUACGACAACGCUGCUCUGCGAUAUCUGGGGUCGUAGAAUCCUGUUGAUCGUCUCCUCAGCCGGAGUAGCUUUCAGUCUGACCUCCUUUGGCCUAUUCAGCUACUACGCACAGUCGCACGACUUAAGUCAAUGGAGCUGGGCUCCACUGCUCUUUAUGUCCCUGAAUAUCUAUCUGGGCAACAUCGGACUCAUGGGCUGCUACUUUGUCGUGAUUGUCGAGAUAUUUCCUCUCAAGAUACGCACCAAAGCAACAUCGGCUGCACUUGUCGUCUGCGGUAUCUUCUUUUUUGUCAGCCUCAAAGUUUUUCCCGUUUGUAUGGAUCAAUGGGGUAUACCGCUGACGAUGUGGUCCUGUGCGGGCAUCUCUGCAUUUGGGUUCUUUUACUUUGUGUUCUCUCUGAAGGAAACCAUGGGCAAGUCUAUGCUGGAGGACUGAAGCGGAAUGGAAAGGAUUGAAGCAAUGGCAACUUCAUACUAAAGACGCAGACAAUAUAUGUGUAUUGCUAGAGUUAACAUUACUUUUGAAAUAGUUAAUAGAAACCUUCAGACAUUUUCGAAACAUAGGGAUUGGAUUAUAAA